GCCGCAGCUCCAGAGGAGGAUGGUGGUACUGCUCCUGCUGCUGAGACCGUGUUGGUUGGUGUUGUUGCUGCUGCUGCUGUCGUUGCAGUUGUAUUGCUUCCAUGUUGGAAAAAAGGAUAGCCCAUCAAGGAGGGAAGGAAAGGGGGCAACAUCCCAUCUGCUGUUGCAUAUGGGUGCUGAUGAUGAGGCUGAUGAUAAUGACUAUGGUGUGCACCCACCAGUCCACCGUUGACACAUGCUGCACCAUUGUUAGUAGUGGUAGUAGCAGCAGCAGUGGGUUCUUUCUGUAGUCGUGCUGCUGCGUCCAAGCUCGAUAGCCGUCGGGCUGCAGCAAGAUCGGGAUUUGAGUACGACGGCGAUAGUCGGCUGCCUCUGAUGCCGUCUAGGUCCAGCCGUUUGUUUGUGAUGGCGUACGGAACGUCAACAGAGUGUUUGCGAAACAAUGGCGAAUGCAUUAUGUUGAUGGGAUCAUUGCCAUUGCCACCACGUAACAUGGAGUCGCCACUGCCCCAUUCCGAAUGAGUUGUCGUGCUUGAUGACGACGACGUGCUCUGCUGUUAAUGUAAUGUAUUAGAUAACGUGAAAAACAGGGUUAGGGACCCUAUUUUUGAGAGUGUGUAUGGAUAGGUGAAGGAAGGGCUUGAUGCUGUUUUUUUUUUCACAGGGUCGUUGGUUGAAGCAAAAAGAGGAGGUGGAGGGCUUGGGGGGAGGAAAUAUGUACAUAGUGAAG